CAAAUUUUCCGCGGCGCUGACAACGAGCCGUGAGAGAAGAGCAUCCCGGUUUCAACUGGUUUAAUCCGGUCUAAGUGUGACUGAAGCAUGAGCAAGAAGAACCAGCUCCACGCACGAAACGCAACAACACUGCUCCGCUACUGUGUCCGCGAACAGAGACAGAAAUAAACUACCAACUGACUCACUGAGAGCUUAUCCACCCGCUAUUUAGGCUACUGUAGAGUGAAUCUGAAGAGUUAGCCUAGCUGCGUUAAGGAAGCUAAGCUAAAACUCAAUUGACUUUGCUGUAGCCGAGUGUACCGCUGUUAGCCUCGUAGGUUUUCCCGAGUCAUCUUUUUCUGUAUAUUUCUGAUCACUGGAAGAGAACAUACAUAAAAUCGCAUUGAAACAACUGGGAGUGUUUAAAUGUAUCGGCAAGAUUAGAUAAGUAUUUAAUUUGGAGUUCAAUAGGAAAGCUAACGUUAGCAUCAAGGUUAGCCGUAAAUAUCACGGUGAAUCAACACAUCCAAGUUUGUACGUGAGGAUCGGCGCUUCUGCACAAAAUCCUCCUAUUCUGAUUGAUUUCGGCUAAAAGGCAAGACAAUAAAGAAGCUCUAUGCCCGCUGAAAUGACCAUGUUGGCCGAUCACCCAGCACGACAACUGCUGGACUUCAACCAGAAACUGGACAUCAACCUUUUGGACAAUGUGGUCAACUCCAUGUACCACGACAUUGGGUCACAGCAACGUGUGGCACAGGAGGUGCUAACAAACCUAAAAGACCAUCCAGAUGCCUGGACCAGAGUUGACACCAUUUUGGAGUUUUCUCAGAACAUGAAAACCAAGUAUUACGCUCUGCAGAUUUUGGAAGCUGUGAUUAAAACACGUUGGAAAAUUCUACCCAGACACCAGUGCGAAGGCAUUAAGAAGUACGUGGUUGGUUUGAUUAUCAAGACAUCCUCAGAUCCUACCACAGUGGAGAAAGAGGGAGUCUACAUUUCAAAGCUCAACAUGAUCCUGGUUCAGAUCUUGAAGCAGGAGUGGCCAAAGCACUGGCCCACCUUCAUCAGUGACAUUGUUGGAGCGAGUCGGACAAGCGAAAGCCUCUGUCAGAACAACAUGAUCAUCCUAAAGCUGCUGAGCGAAGAGGUGUUUGACUUCAGCAGUGGGCAGAUGACACAGGUCAAAGCCAAGCACCUCAAGGACAGCAUGUGCAACGAGUUUUCGCAAAUCUUUCAGCUGUGCCAGUUUGUUAUGGAGAACUCCCAGAAUGCUCCUCUGGUUCAUGCCACGUUAGAGACUCUUCUGCGCUUCCUGAACUGGAUUCCUCUGGGAUACAUCUUUGAGACUAAGCUCAUCAGCACUUUGGUUUACAAGUUCCUGAACGUACCAAUGUUCCGUAAUGUGACUUUAAAGUGUCUGACAGAGAUUGCUGGAGUGAGUGUGAGCCAAUACGAGGAGCAGUUUGUCAAUCUGUUCACAUUGACCAUGUGCCAACUUAAACAGAUGCUGCCUUUGAAUACAAACAUCCGCGUGGCCUAUUCGAGCGGUAAAGAUGAUGAGCAGAACUUCAUCCAGAACCUGAGUCUGUUCCUCUGCACGUUCCUGAAGGAGCACGGCCAGCUGAUCGAGAAGAGACCCAAUCUCCGAGAGACGCUCAUGGAGGCUCUGCACUAUAUGCUGCUGGUCUCGGAGGUGGAGGAGACGGAGAUAUUUAAGAUUUGUCUGGAGUAUUGGAACCACCUGUCUGCAGAGCUGUACAGAGAAAGCCCCUUCUCCACUGCCUCCACCCCCCUGCUGUCAGACGUGCCCCCAAGGAGGCAUCUGUACCUACCCGUGCUCUCACAGGUGCGUCUGCUGAUGGUGAGCAGAAUGGCCAAACCUGAGGAGGUGCUGGUGGUGGAGAACGAUCAGGGAGAAGUGGUGCGCGAGUUUAUGAAGGAUACGGACGCCAUCAACCUGUACAAGAACAUGAGGGAGACUCUGGUGUACCUGACUCACCUGGAUUACGCCGACACAGAGCGCAUCAUGACAGAGAAGCUCCACAACCAGGUGAACGGGACUGAGUGGAGCUGGAGGAACCUGAAUAUGCUCUGCUGGGCCAUUGGCUCCAUCAGUGGAGCCAUGCAUGAGGAGGAUGAGAAGAGGUUUCUCGUCACAGUCAUCAAGGACCUGCUGGGUUUGUGUGAGCAGAAACGUGGCAAAGACAACAAGGCCAUAAUUGCCUCAAACAUCAUGUACAUCGUGGGACAGUACCCACGCUUCCUCCGGGCACACUGGAAGUUCCUCAAAACAGUCGUCAACAAACUGUUCGAGUUCAUGCAUGAGACCCAUGACGGCGUGCAGGACAUGGCUUGUGACACCUUCAUUAAAAUUGCUCAGAAAUGCAGACGCCAUUUUGUUCAGGUUCAGGUUGGAGAAGUGAUGCCUUUUAUCGACGAGAUCCUCAACAACAUCAACACCAUAAUUUGUGAUCUGCAGCCGCAACAGGUGCACACGUUUUAUGAGGCAGUGGGCUACAUGAUUGGAGCUCAGACGGAUCAGGCUGUUCAGGAGCUGCUCAUAGAGAAAUACAUGUUACUGCCAAACCAAGUGUGGGACAGCAUCAUCCAACAGGCCACUAAGAACGUGGACAUCUUGAAGGACGCAGAGACAGUGCGACAGCUGGGCUCCAUCUUGAAGACGAAUGUUCGCGCGUGUAAAGCUGUGGGACACCCGUUUGUGGUGCAGCUCGGUCGCAUUUACCUCGACAUGUUAAACGUGUACAAGUGUCUGAGUGAGAAUAUCUCCUCUGCAGUCAGCUCCAACGGUGAGAUGGUUACGAAGCAGCCCCUGAUCCGCAGCAUGAGGACAGUGAAGAAGGAGACGCUGAAGCUGAUCUCUGGAUGGGUCACUCGCUCCAAUGACCCGCAGAUGGUGGCAGAGAACUUUGUACCUCCUCUGUUGGAAGCUGUGUUAAUCGAUUAUCAGAGAAAUGUCCCUGCGGCACGAGAGCCCGAGGUCCUCAGCACCAUAGCAACCAUUGUCAACAAACUGGGAGUCCACAUCACCCCGGAAAUCCCCAAGAUCUUUGACGCAGUGUUUGAGUGCACGCUCAACAUGAUCAACAAGGACUUUGAGGAAUUCCCGGAGCACAGGACUCACUUCUUUUACCUGCUGCUGUCAGCCACAGGGAUGUGCUUCCAGGCAUUCCUCUCCAUUGCUCCAGCUCAGUUCAAACUCAUUCUGGAUUCCAUCAUCUGGGCCUUUAAACACACCAUGAGAAAUGUCGCUGACACCGGGCUUCAGAUCCUGUUAUCUCUGCUGCAGAAUGUAUCGGCCGAAGAGACAGCGGCUCAGAGUUUCUAUCAGACUUACUUCUGUGACAUCCUACAGCACAUUUUCUCUGUGGUCACCGACACCUCACACACUGCAGGUCUGACGAUGCACGCCACAAUCUUGGCCUACAUGUUUAACCUGGUGGAAGAGGGCAAAGUCAGUGUCUCCCUCAGUGCCUCGAGUCCAGCCAAUAACCAAGCCCAUGUGCAGGAAUACACCGCCAACCUGCUCAAGAACGCCUUCCCACACCUUCAAGACGCUCAGGUGAAAGUGUUUGUGACCGGCCUCUUCAGUCUGAACCAGGACAUUCCUGCCUUCAAAGAGCACCUCAGGGACUUCCUUGUUCAGAUCAAGGAAUUUGCUGGCGAGGACACCACCGACCUGUUCCUGGAGGAGAGAGAAACUGCGUUACGUCAAGCCCAAGAGGAAAAACACAAAAUCCAGCUCUCCGUGCCAGGAAUUUUGAACCCCCACGAACUCCCAGAAGAAAUGUGCGAUUAAAAGGUCAAGAAUUCUCAAAAAAAA